AUGGCCGGCAAGUCACCUGAAGCAGACGACUCCACUGUGCGGGUGCGUAUCGAUUAUGAGACGCGUGGGGAUCGCAGGGGCUAUUUGCUCCUGGACCUGCAUCCAGGUUGGGCUCCCUGGUCCUGCGAUCGCUUCCUGAAACUUGUGGACACGCACUUCCUGGAUGGCCAGUAUUUUUGCCGCGCCAUCGAAGGCUUCGUGUUGGAUUGGAACUACGGACCCUGCUCUGGGAGCUCCAAUAGCACAGAUCCGCACAGCCAGCUCUACAGCGAGUUGCCCUGGGCAAAGCCUUGCGAGAUGGAAAAAACCGCCGGCGCCAAACAGCCCAAGAAUCUGGCAGGAAGAAUGUGUUUUGGUUUGGAGGAUGAUGGAACCACCAAGACGGAGGUCUUCAUCAACUUGGUGGACAACUCUGCACGCUUAGACUCUCUGGGAUUUUGGCCCUUCGCCGAAGUGGUUGGUCUCGGUGAAGGCGAGGUGGGCCGUGUCGAGCGCUGGGAAGGGGGGCAGCUGAGCGACAUCGUCAUGGCGCAUGGCGAUAUCUUCUUCGCUGGAGGCGCCUCUCAGGCAAAGGCGCAGGUGCGGACCCAGGUGCUUGUGGCUGGUGGCAACAGCUACAUUGACAAGACCUAUCCCGGCUUGAGCCAAAUCAUCCAAUGUCGAAGAGUGGAGAAAGAGGAAACUCCAGCAAAGUCUGGUGACACAUGA